CAACAUGCUCGGUUGGCAACGAUUUUCUCUCCUGACUACAUCUAUACUACGUUCUUCUUUAUGCGUUCACGUGAGGCUAAUGUUUACCAGACAAGUUAAGCUUGCACGGCAGAAGAAGAUAGUCCGACCAUCCGAAGUCCUAGAGAGCGCAGCAACACCUUUGUUUGGCCAGUUUAGAGCAAUCAAAGAGAAAUACAAAGACUAUCUUUUGCUAUUUCAAGUUGGAGAGUUUUACGAAUUUUAUGGAGAUGAUGCAGUGACUGUGAGCAACAGGACGUCGUUGAGGAUGACACAGAAGCAAGGUGUGCCCAUGGCUGGCUUCCCUAUUUGGUCACUGGAUGAAUGGGUGAAGACAUUGGUACAGGAAGGAUUCAAGCUUGCUGUUUGUGACCAAUCAACUUCAAGAUUACCUGCUACAACUAACCUCAAACAUCGACAUGUUGUUCAGUUGAUAACUCCCGGCACUCUUCUUGAGCCAUCUCAUCCUGAAGCUCAGUACUUAUUAGCAAUUAUAUUUGGACCUGCUGAUUCAGUUGGUCUUGCUUGGCUGGAUUUGUCAACCGGUGAAUUCAAGGUAAGCAUAUGUGCACUACAGAGUCUUGGAGAAGAGCUUGAGAGAAUUCAACCCGUAGAGGUUAUUGCUCCAGCUGGUUUCGUGUCUUCUAUAAUGGCAACAUCGCCUGCCAAGUCACGAAACCUGGAUCUUGGACUUGCUCAUACUCGAGCUCACCUGAGAUCUGCAACAGUCAAUGAAAUGCCAAAUGAUUGGUUUGCAUCAAGAUGUAUGAACACAUUUUCGCCUUUGCACACCAACAUGUCGGAAUUAGAGUGUCAGGCUGCAAACAUCCUUGUUGAAUAUGUUAGAUAUACUCAGAGAGAGCAUAUUCCUCCUUUACUCACUCCUUGUCAGUAUGCCAGUCAAGAGCACAUGGCGAUUGAUGCCAGUGCUAGGCGGUCGUUGGAAUUGACAAGGUCUCUAGGUGAAGGAACAAAACGUGGAAGUCUACUGGGCUGUAUAGACAAAACUGUUAGUGCAGCUGGCAGACGGUUGUUACAGCAAAGAUUGAGUGCUCCUCUACUCUCUGUUGACUUAAUCAGAAAUCGUCUGGAUGUCGUUCAGUUUUUCUAUGAGAAUCCACAUCUAGCAACAGAAACUCGAUCUAUUCUUAAGACGUGUCCAGACAUAGAGCGAAUUUUGCAAAAGAUAUCAUUACGAAGGGGCAAUGAAAUAGAACUAAAUUUAUUGUAUUUUUCGAUGGCCGUUGGAGACCAGUUGUGUGAGAUGCUCUUGACUGACAUGUUGGGAGAACCCGAUGUACGCCUUAUACCACACCUGACUGGUUUGCAACCAAUUGAACCACUACUGUCUGAACUUGAGAGAUCUGUUAAAGAUGCUGGUGACGAGAAGAAGCUGAUGUCAGGCUACUGUUCAGAAAUUGAUGAUCUACGUAUGAAAAUAGUUGAAAAUGAGAUGUCAGUUGAUAAGUUGGCACUAGAUUAUCGAGCUUUGUCUGGAUUGUCUCGACUUGCUAUUGUUUCUCAUAAGGCCUAUUUACGAGUUAUUGAAUUGGGACAUCGGACAGCAAGUGAAUUUUUGUCAAAGAUGCCAACAGAAUGUGCAGCAAUCAGAGUUGAUCAGACUUCAAGUAAAAUUCGGUUUAGCACUACACAAUUGCAAGAGUUGAACAAUUGUUGGCAACAGUUUAAUGACAGUCUUCAGCAAUGCGAACAAGCAGCAGUCGAAAGUCUUUGCAAUCAGGUAACAGAAGUAGCCACAGCUAUUAGACGUUUAGCAUCAUCUCUUGCUGAACUAGAUGUCGCUUCUUCAUUAGCCAUUCUUGCUCAUGAACGAGGUUAUACACGACCAGAAGUUACUGCUGGCACUGAAUUUGACGUGCAAUGUGGCGUUCAUCCCAUAGUUGAUGUUAUGCAAGAAGAUUCAUCUGUUGGCAAUGAUUGCAACUUGACAUCAAAUCAAAUGUGGAUUAUUACUGGUCCCAAUAUGGGUGGAAAGAGUACAUUUCUUCGGCAGAAUGCUUUGAUAGCUAUUCUAGCACAGAUUGGGAGUUUUGUUCCUGCACAGUCAGCCAGGAUUGGUGUUGUAGAUAGGUUGUUUGCUCGUGUUGGAGCAAGUGACAAUUUGGCAAACUACCAGUCGACAUUUAUGACUGAAAUGGUUGAGACGGCUACCAUAUUGUCUCAGGCAACAGCGCGGUCACUUGUUAUAUUAGAUGAAAUUGGUCGAGGGACAUCAACAACUGACGGUCUUGCAAUAGCAUGGUCUGUAUUGGAACAUCUACAUAACAUAACACAAUGCAGGACUUUGUCUGCUACUCAUUAUAGCGAACUUGGACAACUAGUGUCAGUAUUGUCGCAUGCCGCCUGUUAUCAAGUUACCGCAAAUCGUAACUCUUCAGGCAUACAGUUUGCAUAUCGAGUUGUGCCUGGUCUUUGCUCGCAGUCGUUUGGCGUUGAUGUAGCGCAUCUAGCUGGUGUUCCUCAUUCUGUUACUGACAGGGCAAAGGUAAUUCUUGAGCAUCUAGUGUCAGUUCAACCGAAGGAUGUCCUCAAGAAUUUACUAAUUUGAACAGUAGUAGUACAUGUAGUAACAACAGUAAUAGAUGAGGUGUUGUACACCGAGUUACGAAACCAGCAUAACAUUUUUAUUGACCAAUUUGUACAGAGUACGUUGUGUUAUUAGUAAAGAGACAUAUUAAUUAAUUAACAAA